GCUUGGGCAGGCGCACGCACGGCGCGCCCGCGCGACGCGCACCCCGCCGAGAGAAAGCAAAAAGACCCCGCGCCGUCUUCUCCUCUGCAGCCGUCGACACCGACCACGCGUGUCGUUUCUACCGAGAAAAUCCUUUCAGAACUCCGAGGAUAAGCAGUGGCACGAAAGUUGUUCCCCAGGAACGAACGAUUCUGAUUGCGGCGCCGUGAAUAGUUUGGAGCGAGAACGAACGUUCGGUUCGUAGGUAAAUAGACAGGCAUCGGCGAGAAGAGCCGAAACGUCCCAGCUUCUCCGGCAGUCUAAAGUCAUCGCUAUGACGCGUUUUUCCCGUGUAACGUAAACAAAUCGCGCAAGAAGUUUCUCCCUUCAUCUCUCCCGAUGACUUAAAUGAGAGAAAAUUUGCCUCGCCACUCCCGUUCACUGACUCCUUUCAGGUGCGAUAUGAAGCGCUACGUGCCUCGCGGCAUGCCUUCGUAAUAGCAAUAGAGAUAUCAAGAGAGAAGAAAGGACAUGGUUUCCUUAUCGAGCUCCUCCUCAUGGUGGUGUGCGGCGCUGACCCCCUGUGGGAAGGCUGCUCCGGCCGGAGGUGACGCGAUCGCGCCACGCCUGGAGUCGCCACCCGUAACAGGCCUCACGGUCACAGUCGAGGACAUCGGCCAUUUCUUCUAGGCCGUCUUGUGCCGAAGGACAUGGGAUCGUGGAUUCUCAUUGCGGCAACUUUCCUCUGGGGCUGCGCCGGGCUCGGAAGGUCUGGGCCCGACAAGCUUCCGCUAGGCUCGGCAGACUCUCUCAAGCACAGAGGAUCCGGAAGGUACCCCGGGGGCAGGUCCAACAGUAACUUGUACAUAGGCGCAAUCUUUACGCCCUACUUGCGGGAGCAGCAGACGGCCUACGAGUACACCAUGUACGAACACAACAGGGGUGACUCGAGGUUCAAGGUCAACUCCUCCACGGGCGUGGUUCUGAAUGACGACCCCUUCAACAUGACCCGAGAAGUGUGCCACCAGAUGAGCCGCGGCAUCAUCACCGUGGUGGCUCCGAACGUGGGCUCGUCGUACGAGACCCUGGUGUCGCUGUCCAACACGUUCCACAUGCCGUUCGUGAGCACCUCGUUCCCCGAGAUGGCCACCUACCGGCCGCCCUCGUUCGGGGUGUCGCUCAAGCCCAACUACAUACCGGCCAUCCUGGACGUCAUCAGUCACUACAACUGGUCCUUCAUCAUCUACCUCUACGACUCGGACGACGGUCUGCUGAAGUUGCAGCAGAUAUUCCACAUGACGGCAAACAAGAAGCUCGAGGUUCGCGUGGUGCGACGCUUCUUCAACGUGUCCGAUGCCAACUCGUUCCUGCACCAGAUGGAGCUGAACGACCGCGAGUCGCGCAAGUACGUCGUCCUCGACAGCACCGCCGACGUGGCGCGCGACAUCAUCAUCAACCACGUGCGUGACCUGUACACCGGGAGGAGGAACUUCCACUUCCUCCUCACGAGCCUCGUUAUGGACGAGUACUUCAACAACCAGAUCCUCGAACUCGGCGUGGUGAACGUCACCGGCUUCAGGAUUAUCCAGGUCAACAAGGACGAGUUCAAACAGUUCCACAAGCCUUGGGAAAAACUAGACCACAACAAAUGGCCCGGUGCUGGAACGGCUCACGUGUCCGCGGACGUGGCGCUGAUGCAUGACGCUGCAAAAGUGAUUCUGGACACGUACAGUCGCUUGCUGAAAAACAAGUCGGACAUCUUCCGCAACAACUUCCGCAGAGGGGAAGUCUACAACCGUGGUAUGAAAGGCAUCGACUGCCAGAGCUGGCCGGCCGUCACGUGGGAGCACGGAAAGACCAUCGCCGAAUUUCUUAGAGAGACGCACAUAACUGGCCUUACGGGAAACAUAUCAUUUGAUGCACAAGGAAAUCGUGUGAAUUUUACUAUCGACGUAGUUGAGAUGACGAUGAACAGUGAAAUGGUAAAGAUUGCGGAGUGGAGUGACUCGUCUGGUUUACAUCCGCAUCCACCAAAGUACAAACGAGUGAAACAAGACAGUGAGCUAGAGAACAAAACAUAUAUUGUGACUAGCAUUUUGGAGGAACCAUACCUUAUGUUCAAGAAGCCCGAACCAGGGCAAGUUCUUGUCGGGAACGACCAGUUCGAAGGAUACUGCAAAGACUUGGCCGACCUAAUAGCCGACCAAGUGAAAGUUAACUACAUCCUGAAGCUUGUCAACGACUCCAAGUACGGGGGUCGCGAUGUCAACUCUCCUGCCGGAUGGAAUGGGAUGGUCGGCGAACUUAUCCGCCAGGAGGCGGACAUUGCUAUCGCACCCCUGACUAUCACGUCAGCCCGGGAGCGGGUGAUCGACUUCACUAAGCCCUUUAUGUCGUUGGGAAUCAGCAUCAUGAUCAAGAAGCCCAUGAAAAUGAAGCCCGGAGUGUUCUCCUUCAUGAACCCGCUGUCGCGAGAGAUCUGGAUGUGCAUCAUAUUCGCCUACGUGGGCGUCUCGGUGGUGCUCUUCCUCGUCAGCCGGUUCUCGCCACACGAGUGGCGCUACGAGGAGACCUUCGUGGGGCCCUCGGUGUCCAACGACUUCUCGCUCUACAACAGUCUCUGGUUCUCCCUGGGAGCCUUCAUGCAACAGGGGUGCGACAUCUGCCCCAGAUCGGUGGCCGGUCGCAUCGUUGGCAGUGUGUGGUGGUUCUUCACGCUCAUAAUCAUAUCGAGCUACACUGCCAACCUGGCUGCCUUCUUGACCGUCGAGAGAAUGGUCACGCCCAUCAAUUCAGCCGAUGACCUCGCCAAACAAACGGAGGUCGAGUACGGCACGCUGUCCUUCUCCUCUACUCAAGAGUUCUUCCGGCGCUCCAAAAUCGCCGUGUACGCGCGGAUGUGGGAGUUCAUGAACACCCGCAAGCACGUCUUCACGUCCACGUACGAGGAAGGCAUCCGGCGCGUGCGCGAGUCCAAGGGCAAGUACGCCUUCCUCAUGGAGUCCACCAAGAACGACUACAUCAACGAGAGACACCCCUGCGACACCAUGAAGGUGGGCAGGAACCUCGAUGCCAAGGGAUAUGGCGUCGCUACGCCGCUUGGCUCGAAUCUCAGGGACCGGCUGAAUCUCGCAGUUCUCAGCAUGAAGGAAAACGGGGACCUGGCUCGUUUAGAGAACAAGUGGUGGUAUGAUCGCAGUGAAUGCAGAAGCGGUGACAGCAAGGAGUCCACUCAGAACGAGCUCACACUAAGCAACGUUGCCGGUUGCUUUUACAUCCUUAUCGGAGGACUUGUGCUGGCCAUGGUGGUGGCCUUGCUAGAGUUUUGCUACAAAUCUCGCAUGGAAGCAGCGCGCUCGAAGAUGACAAUGUAUGAGGCUAUGAAGGCCAAAGUACGAAUGUCCAUCACAGGGACACAACAUGGCGAUCGUGGAAGGGUACGGCAAGGCUCUCUCUAGUUGGGUCCAGCAAAUGUACAGCCCCACAUCAAAUAUGGUCGGACCUGACCACGGUAUCCUGGAACACCAUGCUCUUGCCGGAGACAACACCCACACCCAGGUCUGACCACGGUUCUGCCUCUCGCUCACACACCCGUGAAAAAGACUCCCAAGCACAGAAGACCAGACAUUCGCGUGAACUCUGUGUGACGAACUUUUUUGAACGAGGCCCAGAAGGGGACACAGAUCGCUACAUCGAAUCUGGGCUCCCAGAAAGUAUCAGCAGUGUUUGUGCAUUCACGGGGCUGACUUCAAUGAUUCUGAAGAAGUUUGGAGCUUUACAGAGUAUAUAUCAAGGUUUUCGUCAAGGUUCUCUUCAGAUUGAGCCAACCGACCCGAUCGCGGGCAUAUCUGUGCAGUGCUAUGUCGUUUCAGUUCACACAGACACAAUUUUGCAAGCAAAAGCAUUGUUUCUGAUAUUCAUCUAGAGUUUGAAUCAACGCUUACUAGAAAAAAGUAAAGUUCGAAAAGUGCUAGCUAGUCACGCAAUUGCAAGUUGAGGAUGAAGGACGAAAACGUUAAGUGUUUUUGUUGCUUUUAAUUUGAAUUUGAACGCUUUUCCGCGUACACUAGCCUGCGACCUGCGUUCAGCCAUUUUACGAAGCUCACACGGUGUUUUACUGAGCUUAACAAAAACUCCGCGAGGAGCUGGAGUUAAAUCAAGCUGAGAGAACACCAACCCACAAUACGUUAUGGUUCAACUUCGCGCCGCACGUUUGCUUCUGUACGAACGCGAGCUCUUUAAUAUGUUUCAAGUUAAGUCCGGUUAUAUUUCUUGUGGGGCGAGUAAGCGACCCUAGCGUGUUCUUCGAAACAACUUCCACCGCAACUGCCUGCCCAUUUUGAUUGGUGUAAAAAGCAGGCCUUACUCUUCUUGCACGCAUACAUCAUUUCAAAGCACAGAAAUGACGACGGGUCUGUACAAUCUCUUUGUACGAGAACAAAUUUUUGGGAGACCUCAACGAGUUCAAAGCACAGCUCUUUCGAAGACAGUAGAGGAAGAUGAUAGGCAUUCAUUAUUACUCAGACUUUGAUAUCAUUCCGUUAUUUCCGCGUGAUUAGUCCGUACUCGAACGUAGGAAAAAAGAAACGGCACCUGAAUCAAAACAAAACACGGUGUCGUUAAAGGGCAUCUUACUAAUUAAACGGCAUGUAAACAAAGCAUAAACUCGACUCAUACAUUUCUACAAAGCAUUCCUUUAGGCUAGACGAAUGAUACGGAAUCUUCAGUUCGAAUCACACAGAUUUAACAAAGCUGUUGACGUAUUGUAGAUAUAUUCCCCCUCCCCCCAUUGAUUGUUUGGGAACUCUCCGUAGGAAGCGAUUUCUAUCUCUUUAGUUUCCAAUCAUUUUACGCUGUUUAAAGUGCAAUAAGCAAGCCUCUUGAUAUUCUUUCGUGGAAUAGCAACUCGAGACGUUAUUGUUGUUACCUCACGAUAGCGCAGUGCGUGUUCGCCUGCGUUUCCUCAUAAAAGCACAAAUACUUUUAUCAGUUAGACCGUGCGUGUGCAUAGUUAAUACGCUUGCGUACCUUUUAAGACAUACACGGUGCUAGUUAAGUUUCGAACCACCUGUUUUAUGUUGGGCGACUGAAGUCACUGUCUAUGAUGUCCAUUGCUGGGUGCUCACAGCGUAGCCGACAUACUUAAAAAAAAACGACAGCUUGUUGAAUUGGGCGAAUAGCCCCUAAGAAUAUUUAGAGCUGGUCAAAGUUUGCACUUCCACGAAAUUAAGAGCCAUUAUAGUUUAUGAGCCACUAACACUAUCACGUUCUAUUAAUUUGAAACUAUUGAUAUUAUGGUUCUUAAGGCAUUCCUGGUUCGAAAUUGAAAAUUUGCCUACAAAACUGUGAAGCACUUGUGCCUGUAUUAUUCGCCUUUGAAAUAUUUAAGUCCCGAAAAGAGCUGAGUGACUGUAACCCGAUUUCUAGUUUAGCAUAUAAUAGGUGUUUACGCGUGGAGGCUUUCGCGCUUGUAUAGUAUUUGCUGUUAAGUGCUUGCGGCGAGAACUUUCGCACUCUUAAAUUUGCUGUGUGUCUCUUAUGGGGGUUCAACAUUGUUCUAAACACAUUCCCAUAAAAUUCACAUCUAAGAAGAAGGAUAUCUAGGGAAAUAUUAUUGUGUACAAUAAAGUUUCUUUGUUCCUGUUUCGUA